AUGGCUGUUCCGCGUGCUGUUUCACGAUUGUCGUCCUUAGACUCAGCAUUACUUAUUUGUGAUAUGCAGGAGAAGUUCAGGUACAGUAUCAAGUAUUUUGAGGAAAUUGUUCAAGUCAGCAAACGCCUUAUUAUGGCUGCGAAACUUCUUGAUAUGAAAGUCAUUGCCACUGAACAGUAUCCAAAAGGUGAAGUAUAUCUGAGUAGGAAUUCCCAGGUUCUUGAUCUGCAGUUUAAAGGAUUGUCGUUAAACAGUGUGGUCCUAGCGCGUUGAAGACCAUUUCAUGCGCGUUGUUUUGAGUGCUGUAAUUCUAAAGUGAUG